GAUCUGGGGACGCCCAGAAAUGCUGUUGUGUGUAACACAAUUAUCACUGUUUGUUGUCGUGUCGAAAUCAACAGUGACAGCUUCAAGUGCACCUAACUGAAAAGGAGACCGCUCAUCAGCCAUAAGCGAUGGGCUGUUUCAAAUCUAAGUCUUCACCUGAGCCUGUAAAGGUUUUUGGUUCACCUCAAAGUCCAGAUGCUCACGCUGUAUAUGUGAAGGAUCCUACAUCUCAAAAACAUGUGAGCAAACUUGAAACAUCAAGAGAAACAUCAACUGGAAAAGGAGGAAUUCACCCAGCAGAGAAUGGUGUGCUUCUGCUAGCCUUGUAUGACUAUGAGGGAGUGCACCCUGGGGAUCUCACAUUUAAUAAGGGAGACCAUCUACAGCUAAUUGAAGAUUCUGGUGAGUGGUGGAGAGCUCAGCUUGUCAAGAAUGGAGAGGAAGGAUUUAUACCAAGUAACUAUGUAGGACAACUUGAUUCCUUGGAAUCUGAAGAAUGGUAUUUUAAGGGUACGAGCAGAAAAGAAGCAGAGAGACAACUGCUCUCUGGUGAGAACAAACUUGGAGCUUUCAUGAUACGAGACAGUGAAACAAUGAAAGGCUCCUACUCACUCUCGGUUAAAGUCUCAAGCAACCAAUCAGGUGACACUGUGAAACAUUACAAAAUCCGGACAAUAGACGAUGGUGGAUUUUAUAUUUCUCCUCGGAUCACUUUUAGCUCACUAAAAGAACUUGUCGUGCAUUAUCAGCGGCAGACAGAUGGACUUUGCCAAUGCCUUACUAUUCCUUGUCAGGCAGCACGACCAGAUAAACCAUGGGAGAAGGAUGCAUGGGAGAUCGCAAGGGAAUCACUGACCCUAGAAAGGAAAUUGGGAGCUGGACAGUUUGGUGACGUUUGGUUGGCGACAUAUAAUGGCCACACUCAAGUAGCAGUAAAGACUAUGAAGCCAGGAACUAUGUCUACAGGAGCCUUUCUAGAGGAAGCAAACCUUAUGAAGAGUCUUCAACAUCCUCGCUUGGUGCGCCUUCAUGCAGUGGUAACUGAAGACGAACCCAUAUAUAUAAUUACUGAAUAUAUGGAAAAGGGGAGCUUGUUGGACUUUUUGAAGAGCCAGGAAGGCAAUAAGCAGCCAUUACCACGACUCAUUGACUUUUCAGCCCAGAUUGCAGAAGGAAUGUGGUUUAUUGAGAGGAAGAAUUAUAUUCACAGAGAUCUAAGAGCAGCCAAUUGCCUGGUCUCAGCGUCACUUGCAUGUAAAAUUGCAGACUUUGGAUUGGCUCGAGUGAUCGAGGACAGCGAAUAUACAGCAAGGGAAGGAACCAAGUUUCCAAUAAAAUGGACAGCUCCCGAGGCAACAAAUUAUGGAUCCUUCACUAUAAAAUCUGAUGUCUGGUCAUUUGGAAUCUUACUGAUGGAAAUCAUCACAUAUGGAAGAACUCCAUAUCCAGGGAUGACAACCAUGGAGGUGAUAUCUGCACUUGAUAGAGGAUAUCGUAUGCCAUGCCCUCAGCAAUGUCCACAAGAACUUUAUGAGAUUAUGUUGCAGACCUGGCAACAAGAACCUGAGCAACGACCCACAUUUGAGUACAUACAGAGUAUCCUAGAGGACUUCUUUACUGCCACUGAGAGUCAAUACCAACAGCAACCAUGACCUUUUAAUGUGCUAGCAACACAAACUUUAUCCACUUUAGCGAAGACAACUGAGCCUGUCUAACUAACGGAAACUGUUUUCAGCUAGGUCAACAGCAACUCACCCUGACAAACUUAGUGUAAGUCAUACCUAGCUAGGCCAUGUCAACUAACCCUGCAAAGCUAACAACAUCCUGAGCCUGGAUAUUGAUAUUAAGCUUUAAUUUCACCAAACUUCAUGAAGCCCUUACCUUGCCUAAACUAUGACAUCAUUUCUGCUGUAAAACCCGAGACAACACCAUAGUAAUAUUGAAGUCAGAUAUUGCAUGUACUCUAGAUACUGCUCAAAAAACCUGAAAAUGAAUAAUUUAUUAGUAUUUAAAAGUGUUGGUUUAGUCAAAACUUUUCUCUGUUCCAUCUUAAAGAGAAUAUUUAUAAUGUGUUAACAAUGUUAUGAUUUUUGAAAAA